GGAGGUCCCCCUGCUGAAGGAGUCCCUGAUGCAGUCGCAGCUGAUCGACUGGAAGGGAAGGCUGUGCGUGUUCCACGUGCCUGAGUAUCUGGUGGACACCGUGAAGGACGUCGUGGAGGACAAGGGAGGCCAGGAACUGACGAUCAAUAAAUGCUGCACUUAUACUGGUGAUAAUAUUGGGGAUCCUCAUGCUUAUCUGGCGGAGAAUCCAAUCCGGUGUCCGGCUGGAUUCCGGGUAGCACGGCUGGGCAGGGCUGGAGUCAGCCUCAUGAGGAACACAGCGGAGUACGACAUAUGCAGGACUCUCGACGACAUGGUUCACAUCACGAAGCACGCCCCUUCGGUCGGCCUAUACCAAGACCCGAGCGUAGAAGAGGAAACCUGCGUGGACAUUGAGAACGUGCCGUUCGCUGGGGACGAGGAGGAGCCUGUAGCUUGGGUCACAACUUCAUUCUACGGAGCGAUGGGCACCAUGAUGACCUUGGAAGGGUAUCAAAGUCGCGGGUAUGGAGAGCUGGUGACUCGGGUUAUCGCACUGAUGCUCGCUGCCCAGGGUUACGUCCCCGUGGGCCAUAUAGACGUUGAUAAUUUUUCUUCUGUGAAAAUGGUCAACAGGAUAGGCACGGUGCCUAUGUCCCAUUAUGACUAUUUCAUGUUCCGGAAGUGAGCCAAAGAUGCCUCUUUAUCAAUUACAACUUCACAGAGACAUGUACAGCGAAGUGAAGAUUUACAUCCUUUAGAUAUUCCUUUUUCAAGUCAUUUCACUAAAGCUUUUUGGAAUCCGGCAACUGGCAACUGUCUUCCCUGUGUGGUGGUUGGACCCAGGCGGUUGGGCGGUUGCGGCAAAGGCCCCCGGCUUGAAUGUCUGACCCCGCGAGCAGGCAUUUUGAUAUAUGGAUUU